AUGCUUCAUUCUUGUGACACUUAUGAGCCAAAUCUUCAUUUGGUUUAUGAGAAGUGGGAUUCUAUGAUAGAAGAAGUCAAAUUAGCUAUUUAUAAACAUGAAGGCAAGGAGUUGAAUGAAAGUUCGUCUUUUUAUCAGGUGGUGCAUGACAUCUUAAUCAAUAGAUGGACUAAAAGUUACACACCUCUUCAUUGCUUGGCUCAUUCUCUUAAUCCAAGGUAUUAUUGUAAACAAUGGCUUGAUAUGUCUCCGAAUCAUGUUGCCCCACAUAGGGACAAUGAGAUUUGUAUUGAAAGAAACAAAUGCAUACGCAGUUACUUUGUGGAUGCAAAUGAAAGGCUAGAGGCAACUGCUGGAUUUGUCUCAAGUGCUGAAGGAGAGUUUGGCCAAUUUGAUUCAUUACAAGAUAGGUGGAACUUGAAACCAAAGGAAUGGUGGGUAAUUUAUGGAUCUUCAGCCCCUAAACUCCAAUCAAUUGCAUGGAAACUUCUCUCGCAACCAACUUCUUCAUCAUCUGCUGAGAGAAAUUUGUGCAUAUAUGGAUUCAUUCACUCAUUGAAAAUGAAUAGGCUCAAUCCAAAAAGGGCUGAGGAUUUAGUUUUUGUUCAUAUAAAUCUUCGUCUUCUUUCAAGAAAGAGUAAGAUUUAUAAUGAAGGAGUAACAAAAAUGUGGGAUAUUGAUGGAGAUGAAUUCGAUCUAUUCGAUGGAGCUGGUAUUCUUGAAGUUACUACUCUUUCUCUCGAUGAACCAGAACUAGAAGUUGCAUUCAUUGGAGAAGAAAAUACUGAUAUUCAACCAUGA